CUUUUCUUUCAAUGUCCUUAGUUGUUUCUACUUUGUUUCUAGUAUGACCAAACAAAAUACGAUUGAAUAUGAAUUUGCAAAAUUCCAAUUAAGUGAAGUUUGCACGAAUAAAUAGGACUAGAGUAGUCUUUUCUCUUUGAGAUUCUAUGAUCCUCUCCAUCGUCUUGUAAGAACGAUGGAUAGUAACAAGGAUGAGGCAUUGAAGUGCAUUGGAAUUGCUAAGGAAGCGAUUGCAUCUGGUAAUAAAGAUCGUGCUCUUAAAUUCAUUAGGAUUGCGCAACGCCUUAAUCAUACUUUAUCUGUUGAUGAUUUGAUUGCUGCUUGUGAAAAUAUGGAUUCUUCCGCAUCUGGUUCUUCCCAGAAUGGAAACCAUGGUAAUCGGAACGGAUUUUGUGCUUCAUCGGCUACUAAACCUGCUCCUGAGGUUUCCAAUGGGGAACGAAAUUAUACUGAAGAACAUGUCAAAUUGAUUAAGCAGAUUAACAAAAACAGGGAUUAUUAUGCAGUACUUGGUGUAGAGAAGACAUGUUCAGUGGAAGAGAUUAGAAAGGCGUAUAGGAAAUUGUCUUUGAAGGUUCACCCUGAUAAGAAUAAAGCCCCAGGUGCUGAGGAUGCGUUUAAGAAGGUUUGCAAGGCUUUUAAGUGCUUGAGCGAGGAAGAUUCAAGGAGACAGUAUGAUCAAACUGGGUUAGUAGAUGAGUUUGAGUACAAUCAACAGCAUAAUGUUCGAAGGCGGAGGCGAGGGACUCAUAAUGAGUUUUUUGAUGAAGGGUUUGAUCCUGAUGAGAUAUUUAGGGCUUUUUUUGGUCAAUCGGACAUGUUUCGUACAAGUCAUGUUUAUAGGACUAGGGGAACGGGAACUCAGCAAAGGACGGAUGGUAAUGGUGGAGGACCUAAUUUCAUGGUGUUUUUACAAUUGGUGCCAUUUUUGUUGAUCUUGCUGCUUGCUUAUCUGCCAUUUUCAGAGCCCGAAUACUCUUUGCAAAGAAACUAUUCUUAUCAGUUUCCUCGUGUGACUGAGGAGUAUGGGGUUGAGUUUUAUGUGAAGUCUCCAGAUUUUGAUCGUAGCUACCCUAUAGGAAGCGCUGCGAGAGAAAAUCUGGAGGAAAAUGUUAUUCAGGAUUACAAAAACUUGCUUGGACGCUACUGCCAUGUUGAACUCCAACGCCGUCAAUGGAGUCGUAAUUUGCCAACUCCAUAUUGUGAUAAACUCCAGAGUUUCGGAGUGGCAUGAGGCAAACUGUGGACCAGCACGGCAAUAGUAGUAUAGACGGAAUUUGCAUUAUCUGAGGGCAGGAAUCAGAAUUUUGGGGUGUAUACUACAUCGACAUUGGGCGUAAUUCACAGAGGUGGAACAGAUGAUUGUUUGAUUGAUUCACUUUCACUGCCCUGUUCCCUGCAUUCAUAGCUGAUGGUGCUUCCUUGGUGAUAAGGAAUAUUUUUUGGCUCCAAAGUCGAGCAAGGAAAUGCUUUAAAUUUGUUUUUAUUAUAUUUUUCUUUUCGGUUUGGGUCUUGUCUCGCUUUUAACCCAAAAUGGGAUGUCACACUUAUAUGGCUAUAUGUUAUCUUGUAACUUGUAUGCUUUUGGGUAUUAGACUUGCAGCAGGUUAAUAGUAUAAUUUUACACAUGACCUGUAGACGUGACUAAUAUUAUAGGUUGAUGAAGCAAUAAAUUAAUCCGGUAUAUCUUGCAAGUUUGGAAUGACAGUUGCUUGUCUACGUUGAAGAGAUCCUCGAAAGCUCGACUCGUUUGAAGUUAUAUGAGGUGCACACUAUUCUUGUAGCGUUUUCUUAGCUGAAUGCUUAAUACUGAUGCCUAAUCUAGUGUAUUUGUUUAUUUCUGACUUAAGAGUACUUCUUGUGUUUAUUAUGAAUUGCAACUAGACGCGUUCAAAACAUAUAUGAUAAUUUGAUAUUCACUUGACUUUUUAACUAAAUUAAUUGGACUCGACUUAAAAAUUGAUUUACAAUUAUGGACAAAUCAAUAUGGACAUAAAAUCCGAUUUGAACCGACUCAAAUUUGAUUUGAACUUGAAUGAAUACGUUGUAGUGUUAUUAAUUCUAAUCUAACCUAAUUUGAUCUAAUAAAAAA